AUGAGCGAAAAGGCGGCGUUGUAUUUGAGCAGCCAGUGGACCGAUUUUGACGAAAAAAGUGUAAUGCUGAAAGAAUCUUUAUUUUCAGGAGCUUGCGGCGUCCAUUCUGAAGAAGUUGUAAGGGAUGCUCGUGAAGGCCAAGAUGUGACAUUAGAGUGCAGAUUUCCUCCGACUUCCGUCGGCUCCUUGUCCUACUAUUGGAUAAGACAGUCGAAAACUGGCCACGACAAUGUCGCCAUCAAGGAAACGCCAUUUGAUCCCAAUUACAAGUUAAACUAUCACGUCGAUGAAGGAAUCUACGACUUGCUCAUCAGCAACGCUUCAUACGAUCGAGACGAUGGAAAGUUCGAAUGCAAAGUGAAAGCUGCUGGCACUGGGGAGAAUAUCCAUGUGCAGAGGUACGCUCUAACGGUACUGGCUACUCCUCAACCUCCUCAAAUCGCGCCCGGAGCCAGAGUAACCUCAACAGAAGGCAAACGACAAGAGCUAACAUGCAGCUCAGUAGGAGGCUCGCCUGAUCCGCAAGUGAAGUGGUAUCGAGAAGGCUCAGUAUAUCCAUUGGAAGCAGCGCUGAAGAAUGGCGGGUCUCGCGACCAACCCACUACAGCCACUUUGACGAUUACACCGACCAAGGAUGAUGAUGAGGCGAUCUUCAGAUGCGAAGUUUGGAAUCGCGCUUUGUCUCAAGAUAAGCUUUUAACUGCCACUGUGUCUUUGAGUGUUCAAUACUUUCCUCGAGUGGUGGUCGGCCCAGAAAAUCCUCUUCGCGUUGAAAGGGACUCUCAGGCGACUUUAGAGUGCAACGUGGACGCCAAGCCAAAAGUCACUGGAGUCAGAUGGAUGAGGAACAGCCGAUUUAUCAGCCCAAAUUACAACCACGUUAUCCACAGAGUGUCCAUUCAAGAUGCUGGAAAGUACACGUGCAGUGCAGACAACGGCCUGGGAAAAGUGGGUGAAAAAGAGAUGACUCUGGACGUGCUCUACGCCCCCAUUGUGAGUGUUGAGGCCAAAACCAAGGAAGCUGAAGAAGGAGAAUCAGUCUACAUCAAAUGUAAUGUUACAGCAAACCCGAGCCCCAUCACCAUUGAAUGGCUGAAGGAUGGCAAACCGGAUUUCCGUCAAGCUGGAGACACUCUGCGAAUUUCGCACGUAGCUGCUGAAAAUUCGGGUACCUACGUUUGUCGAGCCGUAAACGUGCUGCAACCUUCAGGCCAAGGAGCUCGAAGACUGGAACGCAUUGGGAACACCACUGUAGCUCUAUUGGUGAGACAUCGUCCAGGGCGAGCCAGAGUCUCACCAACUAGACCAGUGGUGGCAGUAGGUGGUGCUGUUACUCUGAACUGUGCCGCCUCACCUCCUGGAUGGCCUGCUGCUCAAUACAGGUGGCUUCGAGUGGGUUCGGACGGCCAACAGACCAUCGUCGCUACCGGAGCCCAAUAUAAAAUUGCUAGCGCCAAUUUAGCAAAUGAAGGUACCUACAACUGCCAGGCAACGAAUGAAUUGGGUUUUGGCGAAAUGGCUUCAGUGGAUUUGGAAAUUCAUCAAGCGCCCGAAAUCACAAACAAACUCAAUAAGUUGGAGUUUAAAAGAGUGGGCACCCCCAACUUCUCAGUGGAAUGCGCCGCCAAAGGCAAACCUAGACCUAUUGUGAAAUGGCUAAAAGAUGGUGAAGAACUCACUGCUGAUGCCAAUAUGUUUGAGGUUAAGACUGAGUAUGCGGAUUCUAACAACGGUGUCGUUCUUGUAUCGAGUGUGUUACGUUUCAAUGGAAAAGCCAGACCGAAGAACAACGAGCUUUUGCCCACAGACCGAGGAUAUUACAGUUGCAGUUUCGAAAACGAAGUACGCAGAUAUGAAUCGACCAUGCAUUUGAAAAUUGAACAUGAACCUAUUGUUCUGCAUCAGUACAACAAGGUUGCUUACGAUAUUUCCGAAAACGCCGAAGUAACCUGCAGAGUGCAGGCAUACCCGAAACCCGAAUUCAAGUGGUUCUUCAGCAACAACAUCAGCCCACUUCACUCCUCCUCUGAGGGACACUAUGUGGUCCAAACCACUCCGGAGAACGACGACAUUUACACCAGCAUUCUCAGGGUUUCGCACAUCGUCAAACAAGACUACGGAGAAUAUAACUGCCAGGUCGUCAAUAGUCUGGGAAAAACCGAAACCAAAAUUCGUCUGCAACCGAAAGGCCCGCCAGAAAGACCCACCAAACUCACCCCUUUGUAUGCGGGACCAACUUUUGUGACUUUGGGCUGGGAGCCCGGCUUUAACGGCGGUGUUUACAACACCAAAUACUUUGUCUCCUAUAAAAAAGUGUCGAGUGAAGACGACGCCAGAGUGGAGGGUUGCGGGCCAGUAUCGAAGAAUAUGGAUUGGGCUGAAGUCGAUUGCCAACAAAACGUGCCUUGCAACGUUACCCAUUUGGAUCAACAUCAAACGUAUCUCUUCAAGGUGAAAGCACUUAACACCAAAGGAAUCGGUGAAAAAUCGCAAGAAAUUAGAGCCACAACCCGAGUGGAUAGGAUCCCGAUGCCGCAAAGAGUUGCCUACGACAAGUCAGCAAAUACGAUUUCAAUCAAUGUGCCCGCAACCUGCUUACCGCUUAUGGCCAUCAUUGAAUCCAUCAGCAACGAUAAUCAUCCAGUUACAGCCUGGCAAGUUAUCGACACUCUGCCUCUACAGGUGUCCGGAUUGGUGCCAACAUCUAGGGAAAAGAGUCUGGACAAAAUGAUGACGAGGAGCUUUGGAAAUGCCAGAUCUUUGGUGGACGAGCCCAUCGGCAUGGACGAAUACAGCCCAAGAGUGCGAGUGAAACUUUGCCUGCGAACUCAUCAUGACCACUGUGGGGAGUUUGUUGAAGCUGAGUUGGGAUACGCUAAUUCACUAAGAGAAGCCUCUGCGCUGACCACGCCCACUUUGAUCGCUAUCAUAGUCACGUGUACCUUAUUUUUGAUCAGUGCGGGUCUGCUGCUGGUGUUCUGUCGCUGUAGGCGCGCCCAGCAUGGGAAAAAGGCCCAACAGGCCAAAGACUUGGAGAUGGACUCAGUUAGACCGACAAUUAUUCCAGCUAAUGGCAAUGGGCAACAGAACCAGGCCCCGCCUCCGUAUUAUGCCCCUGGUUUGGACAAUCAAGCUUUGGACCUGCAAAUGGCUUUGGACGACCAAAAGGCUGUUUAUGCUGCCACCCAAAACGGAUAUGGACAUUAUGGGGAGCCCAGGAACGACUGGAACUAUCUAGAUGCCGGUUAUACAACGACGGUUCCCGGAAAUGGAAGCGUGGAUUCGCAAGAUUCUUUAUGGCAGUUGAAGAUGGCAGCUAAUGGAGGCCCUCAAUAUGACCAGUAUGGAGGCCAUGACGAUUAUGCUCACUUUCCUCAAACUCAAGACCCUUAUGCACAAGUCCACAAGCCAAAGAAGCGCUUGGAGUCUCCGGCAGUUUAUAGAGAUGCUCCCGGUUUGCCUGAUCCUUUCAUGGAACAAAUCGAUGACGACAAGCCGCCACCACCACCCCAACAUAUGUCUUUAGCCUAUGAAGAGUCUUUGGAAAGUGGAUAUUCCACCCCAAAUUCGCGUACACGCCGGGUAAUUCGUGAAAUCAUUGUGUAGAACAUCGGAUUGCCAGUGAAUGGAAGUGGUUGGUGGAUUCGUGUUUAACAGGGUUAAAAGUGACAGAGACGAUGAGAGGAAAAAAUGAACAAUUUGACUACAAUUACACGUUAUAUGUGUAAUUUUUUUAUCUACUUAUAUUGUAGAAUAAUCAAGCUUGCAUUUGGAACAUUUUGUCAAAUUCCAUUCAAAUUGUCUCAUUUGUAUUUAUUAAUUAAUAUGAUGUUCUUGAUGCAAGUGAACUCACUAAACAAACUAUCGGCCCAAAUUACUUACAUGCGACGAAUUUGAAUGAAAUAAAUUGUGAUUUUUUCAUUGCAAUACUUAUUGUUGUGCUUUUAUCCUUAUUGUUUAGAUUGUGUCAAGUACUUAAGCCGUUCGUUUUUGUCAAUGUACAAAUGUUUAGAUUUUAAGUUUUUCAUGUUGUAUGGUAGUGCAAAUUCAAUUAUUGUAAUAUUAUUUCGGCUGCAAAUUUUAAGUUGAAGUCCUCCCAGCAGAAUUGAUUCAAAUUGAAACCGAAGUGAUUCGAAUGAAACAUUCUAUUGGGCCAAAAUCGUUCGAUGUUGAUAAAUAAUUGUGCCUCCCUGAUUGCAAGUUUAGAAUAUCACUUUUUAUUAUUGUGCCAAACACUUGACGUGUCCUCAGUUUUAUUGUCUACUGUUGGAUGGCUAACAGUUAUCCAAUGCGCUUAAGAAUGGCAGGAGUAGUAGAUUUUCAUUAUGAAUAAACAUUUCCGAUCUCAGAAAUGAAAUGUAAUCUUUUCAGCGGCUUUUCCACUGCUAGAAGCUCAGCUAAAGGCCGCUUAAGAGACUUGUUAGAAUUAAUUUUUAUAUUUUUUUAUAUUAGUGUAUAAAUGCGCAAAAUGAUGAUAUUGAGAGUUUUAUUUAUUAAUUAAGUACCUUUAUUUUUGUAUAUUUAAAUGUUGUAAAUAGGACACAAAAGACUAUUAUUAUUACGAUAAAUCUUAGUUGAUAAGCUCGAAUUUUACUUUAAGAUUGUACAUACAAAAAUUACACUUUUAAGCACGAUUGUUUUUAGUUUUUGUAAAUAAAUGUCUAUGUUUACGAGGAGA